AGCUGAUUGUCACUUUGACGUUUCAGAAUGUGACGAAUUUCGUAUGUGUAUUACGAAACAAAUAAGAUAAAAUAAAAAUUCCUCGGAGUUCUCCAGUUUUGGACGACACACGAUGCUUGUGGCGGAGUUUAUAAUAGAAUACAGAUGAUGACUGAACCUUACCGGUUGUGAAAAACAAGCAGAAAAUCGUCCGGAAAAUGGCAGAGCGCAAAAAAGAUGGCGUUGGGCGUGACGUCACCGACCUGGCUAUGGGGGGCGUGUCCGCCAUGUUCGCUACUCUCUUCACUAACCCUAUUGAGGUUGUGAAGACCCGUCUCCAACUGCAAGGCGAGCUUAAGGCCCGAGGGCACCAUGCCGUGCACUACAAAAGCGUGGCACACGGCCUUUACGUCGUCGGGAGGACAGAGGGCCUGGCAGCGCUGCAGAGCGGCCUGCCUGCUAUGCUGGGGUUCCAGUUCUUCUUGAACACGUUUAGGUUAGGCGUAUACCGCAUUUCCGAACGCCGCGGCCUGACCACAGACUCCAACGGCCGUAUUUCAAUAUUCAAGGGUGCCUUAGCAGCAGGCGUGGGGGGUGCCCUAGGGUCCAUAGCGGGCACCCCCUUCUUCCUCGUGAAGACGAGGCUUCAAGCUCAAGCGGCGCAGGCGAUCGCUGUGGGGCAUCAGCAUAAACACGCUGGCACCUUUGGAGCCCUCGCUGAUAUUUACAGAAAGGAAGGCGUGAGAGGUCUAUUCCGAGGAGUUCAGCCUCAAAUCCCUCGCGGCGCAGUCGGCAGCAGUUCCCAAAUGGUCAGCUUCUCCUUCGCGAAGGAACAACUCCUGGAACGCGGAUGGUUCAGAGACAGUCCACUGCUGCUGUCGUUUGCGGGUGCCAACCUGGGCGGCCUGGUCAUGACGGUGUGCCUGAACCCGUUCGAUGUCGUCGCUACCAGGCUGUCUAACCAAGCUGUGGACAGCCAAAACCGCGGUCUUCUCUACAGCGGCAUGACGGACUGUUUUGUCAAGAUGCUUCGCGCGGAGGGCGCGCGCUCGCUGUUCAAAGGCGUCGGAGCUAACUACACUCGCCUCGGGCCACAUACUGUGUUACUACUGGUUUGUUGGGACCAACUAAAGGCUCUCGAAGACAGGAUACGCAGCUAAAAGUUGUUGGUAAAUUCCGGUCGCCGAGCAGAUAGAAUUUCGUCCAAUGACCCCAAGCUACCCAUCUUUAUCGCUCGCGUGUAAUUAUAUUGCUGUCGCGCUCGCACACUCACUGCGGCCGCUCGUCGCGUCGCUUAGUC